CUAUGUUUGACUUCCACGUGGAAGCAAACGGAUCCAUUGAUGUUUUUUGGCAAAAGCCUUGACGAUCGAUGGACGCAGCACUUUUUCGUCCUCCUGAUUUCGUUGUCUGGCUAGCUAGUAGACCACAGCUCGCUUUAAAAUAGCUAGUCUAGUCUAGAACGAGUCGAUUGUUCUACCUUAUUACGGUAGCAAUAUAAUAAUGAAGCAGCUGGUGGAUUGUUGCCCCGGAGGCGGCAUUUUGUUGGCGUUGAACGACCGUGCCUUUUUGGUGGUCUCGUCCAAAAACAGGUUGGUGGAACUGGUGCUGACCAAGGACAAGGAUAACAAUAGUAAGGACAACUCCACAAAGAACAAGAAGGACAAGGACAAGACCAGUCAGGAUGAGAAUGAGAACGAUGAGAAUCCCAUUCAAGCCGUGGCGGUCCAUCAGGUUCACGAAAACGGCAGUGACCAUUUUUGGUGUGCUGUGUCUCGCUUGGACAAGACGUUGGCGAUUUACCAGUAUACAUGUAGUAGUAGCACCACCACCAACACCACAACAAGCGAGAACGACAAAAUAGAAACAGCGACACCCACAACCGUCCAUUCGUGUCCCAAGAGGGUGGCGUGCAUUGCCUUUGCCAGUGUUCCCAGCAACAGCCAAAGUAAGGAUGGUGGAAUGCUCGUGCUCGUCACGGGUGAUUUGACGGGAGAUUCUUGGGCUUGGCCACUCCACUCCGACACUGACAAGAAAGAGAAACCGCGAUUGUUAUUGGGCCAUACGGCAUCCAUGUUGACGGGGGUUCAUGUAUCAUCAUCAUCAUCAUCUAGCAAAAACAAAAACAACAAGGUGCUCUUGACAUCCGACCGAGAUGAAAAAAUUCGAGUCAGUUCGUUUCCCCAAACAACAAUCAUUCAGGGAUUCCUACUCGGGCAUUCCGCCUAUGUUUCUUCCAUGGAUAUGGUUCCCUCCUCCAAUUCAUCUGCUGCAGGUAGCAACCACCACUGUGUAAGCUGUAGUGGGGAUGGUACGGUGCGUUUGUGGGACUACCAAGCUAUGAAACAAUUGGCCAGCACAUCUCCAUCUCCCCAAGAGGGUAACAAGGAUGGCAGUGACAAUCAUGAAAUGGAGGAACCAACGGAUGGUGCUGCGAAACAAGAUCCUGAUGGUGAGGACAAGGAUGGCACCACAGAAGAUGCCAAAAGGGACAAAGAAAAUGACAACACUGCGACCAAUGACGACGAGGCGGAGCAGGCAAAAGAAGAAAAUGACAAUUCACAAGAACAGGGCAGCACUAGCCACAGAAUUCCUUCCAGGGUGGCUGUCAGUCCGAAUGGAAAGGACAUUGCUGUCAUUUACGAUCAAAGCAAGCAGUUGGAUAUCCUGCAAAUUGUACAGUCCAAGGGCAACAAUAACAACAAUGAUGGAGAAGAAUCAUCAUUCCAGCUCUGUUUGACACAAUCCAUUGAAUGCAAGGACCAGCCUUUGGCCAUUGCUUUUGUCCAAAACAACAAUGAUGAUGAGGUUGACAAGAAGAAUACCCAGCAACUCAUUGUCACAAUGAAAGAUCCAUCCUACCUGCAACUCUAUUGUCAACAACAGCCCUCCACAGAUGCUUCAAACCCUGCUGCAUUAUUUGUACCCACAACAACCACAACAAUGCCAAGUGCUCUGCGCAAACUCCAAGAAUUGGCCCAAACAUCCAGCAUUCCCAUGCCGGACGGUGUUUUGGAAAAGGACAGGCAAGGACAACCCACGUUGGGCAAGCGUGUGGAAACACGGGGAGGUGCUGCACGAUCCAUGCAAGACAUGCCAUGGAACAACCCCAAACGAAUUGAAAUUGCCAAACAGCGUAACAAACGACACAAGAGGCGGCGAAUUGAGAAAACAAAGGCUAGCAAGAAACAGAAUCAAUCUUAAAAAAAGAAACAGCACUUUAUUGAGGGGAAGGUUGGAUCGGAUUGAUUGAUUGAUUGGUUUACAUGAUUGAUAUCGGCAUGGUUGAAUUGGUUGGUUGGGAGGCUUGGAAGAUUCUUGUGCCAUGCCCGGCUGCAAGAGCAAUGAAUUGCAGUUGAACGAGCCAUGCCUGAGUUUGCAUUCCGUUUCAUGGUACACCAGUAGCAUGUAUGGCAAGACUUUUCUUUGCUGCUCUCACUUCAAUCCUACCGAGGGGAAGAAGCAGCUGUUUCACGCUACAAUUCGUUUCGAUACGUUCAACGUACCGUUUUAGGGCUGAGCCUAGCUAGCAGCUAGCUAGCUACAUGUAGUAUGUGGAUUCAUUGGCUGUACCCUAGAAAAUCGUAAUAGCAGUGGUCAGCGAGAAACAAUAUUCCAGUUGCAUUGAUUUUUUUUAUUAAAAACUUUCCA